AUGCAAGAGGGUGAAAAACAAAAAUUGAGCAGAGCAGAGGAUGAAAUCGAAUUCGUAAAGAAAAUCGAAGAAAAAACCGGUGAAAUCACCCCUGGAAAUGCUCUGAAUUUACUGACGUUGAGCAAGCAGGAGAUUGACAGGCUUUUGACGGUGGAAAAACUGUCCAAAAAUCAGCGAAAGAAGAUUCUGAAGAGGCAAAUAUGGCUCGAGAAGCAACCAGAGCGCGCUAAAGCACGAAGAGAAAAGCGUAAAAACGGCCAAAUAAAGUCAUCGAAGAUUCGCGGUCCCAAAAUUACGACGCUGGAAAAUUUCAAUGAAAAUUUCCACCUCGGAAUCGAUUACGCGACAGAGGCAGAGAUGACAGACCACGAGCUUCUAGAUCUCGCAAAGCAGACGCGUUUUUGCUACCAAAAGUAUCGGCGAGCGGAAAAGAAGGUGCAAUUCCACUUGUUAGGAUUCGACGAAGCUUUUGAGAGUACUUCAGGAAAGCUUGGCAAGCUUUUGGAUGCUCACGCAGGAGGAGAAAAUGGAUCCAAUGGUUGGAAAAACUGGGAUGUUCACAAAGAUCCAACGAAAAAGGUGGAAGAUUACAUGAGUAACUGUGUUUAUCUUACAGCAGAGGCAGAAGAAACGCUAGAAACUAUCGAACCAGGAACGAUGUACAUUAUCGGCGGUGUUGUCGACCGAAACCGACUGCCAGGAGUCUGUGCUGAGCGAGCAAAGAAACUUGGGAUUGUGCAAAAGCGAUUGCCGAUAACAGAAAACAUCAACUUUUCAAAAAGAACAGUUUUGACGAUCGUCCACGUCUUCGAAAUCCUUCUCGCUUUUCGAAAUGGCAAAAAAUUCCAUGGAAAGCCGUCAACACCGAGGGAGUCAUCGAUUCUCAUUACGAACACGAAGGAGUCUGAUGCAUUCGUCAAGAUCCGCACUACUGCUCCUAAAUCUUACUUAGUGAAACCAAAUGGCAUCACACUCAUGCCCGGAGCGAGUUGCAAAUUUUACAUUACGCUCCUUCCGGGCACCUAUCACAUGGAUGGACACAAGUUCUCGGCUCAGUUGACUUGGGAAGAUGCCAAUAGCGAGCCAACCGAGACCACUCUGAAGUUCAGCACGCGGAUUUAUGAUCCCAUCCAAGCUCUGAGCCACUCUGACCAACCUCUCCCCAUUCCUUCUGCUCAUGUUGAUCGACCUGAAGCAUUCGGCCAGCCCGCAUGGCUUUACCAAGCGCUGAUCACUGUUAUGAUCGCGAUCUUCUUCGCCUACUGCUUCACCAUGAACAAAGACAGAACUCCAGCAAUAGUUCCAUGA